AUGAAUAAAUCAGAAUUUUUAAAAUAUAAGAAAAAUUUGAAGAUUAGGGAAGAGUCAUCAUCAAAAACUCUUUGGUUAGUCAUUUAUGUUUGCGUAAUUUAUUUGCUUUUUGGAUCCUUUAAUAUUUGUGGUAAAUUUUUUCUUACAGGCACUUACAUUUACUCAUUUUCAGAUAACAUCUAAGAAAUAAAUUAUCGUUCCUUAAAUUUGGCUAAUUUUCAGUAAUUGAUUUUUUCAAAUAUAAAUUAGAUGGUUUCUUUCUGAAAUAGUUAGUCCAUUAAGUCUUCCUUUAUUACCAGAGAUAAUUGGCAGAAUGAAAUUCAAGUUUAUUUUCCUAAUUGCGUCACUUGGACCUAUUCUAUUUUUAACCCCAGCUAUAUAUGCAAGUGAUUGCAAAGGUUCAGAAAAAUAAGGUUGCAAUAUAUUACUCAUAUAUUUUUGUGCAUUUGUUGUUUCAAUAUUAGCUGGAUUAAUGUAAUCUGUACUUUUAUUUGUUAUGUUAUUUUACCUUGCUAAUAUAGCAUAAAGUAGAGAAAAAGUGAUAUUUUAUUGUUCAUUUUUUUUUAUGUAAUCGAUGCUUUUAUCUAAUUAGACAUUCUCUUUAAUGGUUACUUGGAAGUAUAUUAGGUGACAGUUUUAUUAUAUAUGAUAAAAAAAACUCAAAAUUACCAAUUUCUUAAUUUUUUGAAUUGCUGAUUAUUUUUCAGUUCUUUAUAAGUUUAAUAUAUCUCACUAUACCAGAAAAAUCUAAUGGAAGAUAUAAGAAUUUUUAGAAAACUCUAAUUUAAUUUUAUAAUCAGAAAUCCUCAAAACCAUCAAGAAAUGAUACUAAUCAAUAAGACAUCAGAGAAUUAUUACUAAAAUCAACAAAUUCUGAUAAUUCAGAUAAUGAUGAAAAUAAUAUAUUUAAAAAUAAUGAUUAAGUUACAAGAUAGUAAGAAAAAUAGUAAAUAGAUUUACAUUUAUUUAAGCCAUAAGUCUUAUAAAAUUCAAAAACUAAGUCUAUUUUAACUUUAUAGUGUUUUUCAAUUGAAGAAAAAGGAUUAAUUGAACUAUUGGAAUCCUCUUAAAGCAAUUCAAAUUGUACAAAUUUUAUAUCUAUUGAUGAAUAUCAAAAUAGAUCCUACUUUUAAAAACUCUAAAUCACAUGGAAUUAUCUCUAUAAAGAUGGCUUUUCCUGGGUUUUAUUUUUAUUACUAUUUAUUGCCAGUAUUUAAUCAUUUUUAUAUAUUUAUUUUAUUCCUUUUUUUUUUCAACCAGAACUUAAGAAAUUAUUUCUUUAAGCUGAAUUUGUAUUAAGAGGAUAUUUAUAUGUUGGUGUUGGUGAAUUAUUUGGUUCAUUUGGAAUAGGAAUGUUUGGAGAAUCUAAAGACAAAAUUUAGUAAUUAUUCAAAUUAAUAUAGUGCACUCAUUUAUAUUCUUUAUAUAUUUUAAUUUGGGUGCUUUAUAGGAUGGGGUACCUACUUUUUCAAACUUGAAAUUUUCAUAUUAAUAUUCUCUAUUACUACUGGAUUUUGUGAUUCAUCUAUGACAUCGACAGUAAUUUCAGUUUUAACUUUGAGAUUUCCUAAAGUAUUAUCUUCAUUUUUAUCUUAAGUAUAUUUAUUUAGUAGAUUUGAUGUAUUUUAUAUACUCAUUUUCAUUUGCAGUUUUAGCUUUAAUUUUUAUCUCUUGUAAUUUUGUAGAUAACACUUUUUUAUCUUUAAUUUUACUUUAAAUUUUUGGUUUUCUAGCCUUAUUUGCAGUGUACAAAAUUAAUAAUUAAAUUGAAAAAUAAUAAAUUAUAGUAGUUGCAUGA